AAAGAACGAAUCUUUGGAACCUCAGGCUCGCGGUGGUUGCCAAUUUCUUACUGGGUCUCUCUGAUGGCAUCGACCCUCUUGAGUAAAACCCUUUUGGCUAAUCGCUUGGCUCGUUCUUUCUCCUCUCCAUCUGGCAAGACCCAGAUUUUUACUUCCGUAUUCAGUAAGAAACUGUUUCACUUUCAAGCUAACUCAGCCAGUGUAGCAUAUAAUCCAACUCGGCGAAUUCCUUCUAUCAUGGCUUCCUCCAUUGCAGGAGCAAGAGUUCAAUUUUCAUCAAAAUCUUUAUCCACUGAUGAUCCUGUUGUUUCCGCGGACUGGCUCCAUUCUAAUCUCAAAGAGCCAGACUUGAAGGUGUUAGAUGCAUCAUGGUACAUGCCCGAUGAACAGAGGAAUCCAAUUCAGGAAUACCAGGUUGCUCACAUCCCUGGUGCCCUUUUCUUCGAUAUAGAUGGAGUAUCAGAUCGAACUACAAAGUUACCACAUAUGUUGCCAUCAGAGGAAGCUUUUGCUGCUGUUGUCUCUGCUCUUGGCAUUGCAAAUGAAGAUGGUGUGGUUGUUUAUGAUGGAAAAGGACUUUUUAGUGCGGCUCGUGUCUGGUGGAUGUUCAGAGUAUUUGGGCAUGACAGAGUUUGGGUGCUAGAUGGAGGGCUGCCGAGAUGGCGUACACUAGGAUAUGAUGUUGAAUCCAGUGCAUCUGGUGAUGCUAUUCUGAAAGCUACUGCUGCAAGUGAGGCAAUAGAGAGAGUUUAUCAGGGGCAAGCUGUCGGGCCAAUCACAUUUCAGACUAAGUUUCAGCCACAUCUAGUUUGGAACCUUGAGAAGGUUAAAGAAAAUAUUUCAGAAAGAACUUACCAACAUGUAGAUGCCAGAUCAAAGGCCAGAUUUGAUGGAGCUGUACCGGAGCCUCGGAAAGGAAUCAGAAGUGGUCAUGUUCCUGGCAGCAAGUGCAUUCCCUUUGCCCAGAUGUUAGAUAGUUCACAGUCACUUCUACCAGCAGAUCAGCUCAAGAAACGGUUUGAUGAAGAGGGCAUCUCUUUGGAAAGUCCCGUGGUAACUUCUUGUGGCACUGGUGUUACUGCUUGCAUUCUUGCAUUGGGCCUCCAUCGACUUGGGAAACAUGACGUUGCAGUUUACGACGGAUCUUGGACCGAAUGGGGAGCUCAUUCGGACACACCGGUCGACGUCGCCUCCACCACCUCAUAAAUGGAGGGAGUAUAGCUUGUUCCUUAUUACAAGUUUUCUUCUUGUAAAUGUGGUUAAUCUGAUAUCUUAACUUACAUUGGUGCUGUUAUUUGAGAGUAACACUAGAAUGUCUUUUGGCUUCUCUCCUCCAUAGUUAAUGAAUGGAAAUAAAUUUAUGUUCUUUCACAA